AUGUUGAAUUCUAGUUACCGUAUUCCAUACUCGAUUUGGUGCUUGGCGGUCUUUUUAUUCACAUCAAGUGGCUUUUCCUCAAUUGGGAAAUUUGAAGAAAGCCUGGAAAGCCUCAAUAUAACAGACCAAGAGGAGGUCCAGCUCUUCGUCAAAGAAUGGCCUUUCCUUCUUGGAAACUUGGGCUUCACCGCCGCCAGCAAGACCGUUGGAUCGACUGUUUUGGACAACCGCUGGGCUGUUCAGGGGCUGCACAGUGCUGCGGUACGGCGGAAGACCUUUGGUGCUGCCUGGAUACAAGAACUGCGCAAUGUUGCGGAGGAAGAAGUCCUGGCUGUUGCCCUACAGACAAGAAGUGUUGCGGUGGAUCAGAAGCCGGAGGCGAAGGGGCUUGUUGUGACAAAGACCAAGGUUGCGACGAAGACACUGGUACAUGCACUGAUCCGAUACGCCACGACCACCGUGGAGUCGGUGUCGACGAAAGAGACUACCAUAUACGUUACAGUUACCAGAGACGCAACCGAUGACACGACGUCUGGGGAGGAGACAAAAGGUCUUGCUCACAGAGUGAAGCGUACUCUACCAUCGAGCCCAGUUGCCACACAAAGAGAUAGGUCUCAUGGCCGCCUACCCGUCUCAAAGACACAACAGCCGAUCAACAUUCGUCCAGUUGAAAGCUUGAAUGCUCUUGCAGAAGGGUUAGCACGUCGUGGUGUUCCGAUACAAAGACGAGCGACACCGACAACAACGAUUGAACAGACAGAAGAGGCCACAACAACAAUCACCGAAACGGAAACCGAGACUGAGUGGACCACCGAAUACACAACUUCGGUCACGACUGAGAGUCAUACCGUGACCGUGAUAGCCUACAAAGGGAGCAAGACCACAAUCACACUCGACAAAGCUGAAGGGACAGGAGACUCCGUCACCGAAGGCCCUGGAUCAGGCUCUGGGGGCCCAUCUAAAGGCACUAUCAUCGGUGCAGCUGUUGGUGGCGCCGUGGCUGUGAUACUGAUAGCCGUACUUGCUUUUGUCUUGCGGAAGCGAAGAAGGCCGGCUACAAAUGAGGCUAGAACAGUCAGCCAGGUGUAUGCAGUGACUGGUCACGAUGAUCCUAGCCACAAGCCACCCCCUAUCCUGUCCACCGUUUCCUCCCCAGCCGAACAAGGCAGUGGAUCACGCAACACCUGGGCGUCUUCACCCCAACAGGAUACCAUGACUGGCUUUUCGCCACCACCCGAGUAUCGGACUCCUCCGCCGGGAGAAUUGGGACGCACGCAGUGGGCGCAUGAAAUGCCGUCUUCACCACAGCAAGGACCGCCACAGGAGCUGUAUAAUCGUGAAUAUAUGGGCGACUUGGGGCUACCUGAGAUGAGAGGUCAACAGAGGGGUUAA